CACUUGUCGCUGGGUCUAUUAGUAUAAAAGUGUAGGAAUCGGACGGAGAGUUCAGUAUUUGUUUGUCGUUAGAAAUCGUCGGACACAGCCGCAGUCUCUUCUCCGUGCGGGAAUUUAAAUUCAAAUUAGAAAUCCCCAAAGUCGAUUCAGCACCAACAAUGUCGCCGAAUACCAAGUCGGAAAAGCCUGUCAAUCCAAACGAAUACCUGCACAUUCCAAAGUGGGUGAAUGGGGAUUACUUUCUACCUAUUAUCCAGAAGGAUGUAGAAAAUUUCGACAAAAUUAUAAACUUUACACCGAUUGCGGCCACUGCACCGGGGGAGAACUAUACCUCCAUUAUGAUCAGGGUCAUCGUGGAUAUUCUGCUGAAAGAUGGCAGCGAGGAGAAGGUUUCAUACAUUCUGAAAACUAUGCUGGAGGCUGACAGCGGAGCAGAUGUGGUCAACGGAAUGGGACUAUUUCCCAAGGAAAGAAAAAUGUACGAAGUGCAUAUCCCUCAGUUCGUAAAGCUGUACAAGGAGGCUGGCCUGGAUAUUGAAUUGGCACCCAAGUGUCUUCAUGUCGAGGCCACAGCCGAGCUGAUCACCCUGGUCUUUGAGGAUCUGAGCCGACAGAAGUUUAAGAAUAUUGAUCGUCUGAAGGGAUUUGACCUGGCGCAUAUGCGUCAAGUUCUAAGAAAACUUGCUGAACUGCAUGCCGCCUCCGUGAUUGCUAGGGAAAUCAAUGGCCCCUACGAUCCGCUGUACUCCAUGUCCAUGUACAACGAACAGAGCCGUGCGCUUUUUGAGGCUCUGGGAGAGAUGCGCCAAGUGCAGUUCCUCAAAGCGAUGCGACAGUGGGACCUCGAGAAUGUAGAAAAGUACAUUGACAAUAUGUGGAGUCCGUUGGAGGUAUUCGAGGAAGCUCUACGAAUCAAUCAGGUCGACGAAAGUGAGUUUAAUGUGCUGAACCACGGAGACUGCUGGUCCAACAACAUCAUGUUUAACUACAAGGACAAUGGUGAGAUCGAUAGAACCUUAUUCGUGGAUCUGCAGAUCGGCAAGUGGGGCAGUCCGGCCCAGGACCUUUGGUAUCUGAUCACCACAUCUGCCUCGCUGGAUAUCAAGGUCACGGAGUUUGAUCACUUCAUUCAGAUCUAUCAUGAGCGCCUGGAGGAAUGCCUGAAGCUUCUUAACUACACAAAGCCUAUUCCCACUCUUAGAGGUCUACACAUCAUGAUGCUGAAAUAUGGAUUCUGGGGACCCCUGACAGCCAUGGGUGUGAUGGUGGCCACACUCAUGCCGACAGACAAGGAUGCUAAUAUGAAAAUGAUGAUGGCCCCAGGACCCGAGGCGGAUGCCCUACGCUACAGAACCUUUAUCAAUCCCUAUUACGGCAAUGCCAUGAAAUUACUAUUGCCCUUCUUCAACAACAAGGGUCUUUUGAAGUAGUCUUAGGUUCUUAUUCCCCAUCCCAAUCCCAUUUUACAGAGUAGCCAAUUCGUUGUGAUAUCAUAUAUCAUAAGAUCAAGCAAUAAAUAUGAAUUUGUAUAUAAUUUAAACCUA